AUGUCAACAAUUUCAUUAAAUAUUACAUAUUUAACUCAACAAAAAAAAGUUACAAUAAGUAAAUCUCAAACAAUUUCUCAAUUAAUAUCACAAUGUUUAACAACCUUCAAAAUUGAUUCAUCACAAUAUAGUGGAGAUUUAUAUCACAAUGAUAAAUUACUAGAUUCAGCUACUCCAAUAAGAUUAACUAACCUCAUCAACAACUCAAAAUUAAAUUUUAAAAUUAAAAAAAUUGAUUUAAAUAAAUUAAUAAAUGUUAAAUUUAUAAAUGAUAAAGGUUCAUCAAUAAAUAAAUUUACAAUAUCAACAACUUUAAAACAAAUAGUUGAAUCAUUUAAAUCACCUGUGAAAAACACUCAAUUAAGAAUUUUAAAUCUAACUAUAGAUUAUACAAAUUAUGAAUCAACAACAUUAGGUUCAAUUGUUGGUAGUUCAAAUAGUGUAGUUAUAAGAUUAGAAGAAAUAAAAUCAAAAUUGGAAAUUGAAAAAUUAGCUAAAAAACAAGAAGAAGCUAAUAAAUUAUAUUUACAACAAGAGAUCGAAAGGAAAAAAGCUGAGGAAGCUAAAGCAAUUGAAGAUAGGAAAGAACAAGAAAAUAGAGAAAAAUAUGCAGAUACUCAUGAAACUUUGAAUAAAGAAGAAGAAAACGAAGAUGUUGAAAUGGCAGACGUGGAAGAGUCAAAUACGAGAGAACCAGCACCCGAAACAACACCCAUUUCAUACACCGCAGAUGCCCCACAACAACCUUCACAAUUAGAAUCAACACAAACAGAGUUAACAGAAUCAACAGAAUCACCUUCAUCAUACGUAUAUAAAGAAGAAGAAUUUAAAGAAACUCCACAAUUAUAUGUCCCAUCACAAUCAUCAUCAAACUCCACAAACAAAGAUCAAUCUCCAAUAUAUCAAAAUCCAGAAGAAGAUUAUAAUAUGACAGUAAAUCAAGCAAAAACUUAUCAAAAUGUAAUUAGAAAUUCAGCAAAAAGAAACAACCCAAAAAAAGAAACAAAAAAACCAACCAAAUAUCUUAUAAGAAUUAAAUUCCCAGAUGGUUCAAUAUUACAAUUAAAUUUUUUAAAAGAUAUAAACACUUUAAAAUUUGGUCAAUUUUUAAAAAAAAUUGAUGAAAUUUUAUUACCUGAAUUUUUAAAUAAUUAUAAUUUAAAAUUAGGUUAUCCAUCAUUUAAAAAAUUAAAUCAAUCAUUCUCGAAUAAUAAUGAAUUAUUAAUUAAUUUAGAAGAAUUUUCAUCAAAUGAACAAAUUAUUUUAAUCUGGGAAUUAAGUAGUAGUAAUAUAAAUCAUAAAGGUCCCUUCUUAAAUAAUCAAUCACAAGAUUUAAUUAUAAAACCAAAAGAUGAAUUACCUGAAAGAAAAUUAGAAAAAUAUAGAAAAAAUUUACCAUCUGAUGAUAAUAAUAAUGAAAAAAGUCAGAAAGGUAGUUUUUUAAAAAAUCCAAAAUCAAGUUCUAAUAAUGAUGAUGAAAAGAAAAAAUCAAAAUUACCAAAAUGGUUAAAAAUGAAUAAGAAAUAG